UCAAAGGAGGCGGCUGCUCCUGGCGCUGGAGGCUCUCCCAGGCGGGCGAAGGAUGCGGCUUCGGGCGGCCUGGGAGGGCGGGUGGGUGGUGCGGGGGGCGCAGACGGGGCUCAGCUGGGGGAUCGCCCUGGCCCUCUUCCUCCACCCCACAGAUUUGCAGAGGGAGGUAGAGCGAGGGGAGCUCCUUCAGCCGCUGCUGUUUGUCACGUUGAUUUUCUUCUCCACCGUUCUCUACUUUGCCGUGUCCCUCAUGGAUCCUGGCUACGUGGAGGAGGAUCAAGACGGCGAGAAGGGGCCGAUGAGGGAAGAACAGAAAUCCAUGCUCUCUCCGGCCGUCCCGACCCUCCGGCUGAGGCGCUGCGGCUACUGCAUGUUGAAGCAGCCCAUGCGGGCCAAGCACUGCCAAACCUGCCAGCACUGCAUCCGCCGCUAUGACCACCACUGCCCCUGGGUGAAGAACUGCAUCGGCGAGCGAAAUCAUCCCCUCUUCAUCAUCUAUUUGGCCGUUCAGCUCGUGGUGCUUCUCUGGGCUCUGCUGGAGGCUUGGUCUGGCCUUCAUUUCGAGCAGUUCUCCUGGACGUGGCUUCAGCGCAACAGCGUCUUGCUCCUCUCCUUCCUGGUGAUCGUCGUCUGCACGGUGGUGGCGGUCCUCCUGCUGGUCUCGCACCUCUACCUGGCCUCGUGCAACACGACCACCUGGGAGUUCAUGUCCCGCCACCGCAUCUCCUACCUGAGACAGUGCGAGGUGGAGAACCCUUUCGACCAGGGGGUCCUUCUCAACCUCUGGAGGUUCUUCUGCGCCGGCCGGCUCAUUGCGUGGGAGAGCCUGUACCUCCGGGAGGGAGGCAGCAAUGCACGCCCCCCCCCCAAAAUGACACCCAAGCGAAACGAGUCUGAAAGCGAGGGAUGCAUUUUUCAGAGCGAAGAGGGAGAGAACACGCCUGGUUUUGCCAGCCUGCGGACAAACGUUCUCGACUCUGAUCUGGCACGAAGGGCAAACUGCAAUCCAGCCAGGGAUUCGAACCCAGCACCCGGUUUGACGGGAAGGAGUCUCCAGUAA